AGAUCCUUUUAUUUUACCGACUCCUAGACAAUUUUCAUUAAUAAAUACUUUAAUUUCCUGUCUUAAUGAUGAUGAAAUUUCUUCAUUAAUUCCUUGCGCAAUAAAUUUUAAUAAUAGAACACCUUUAUUUAAAUAUGGGAAAUUUAUAAGGAAAAUUGAUCACGAUUAUUGUGUAAGACAUAUCAUAUCUUGGCUUAAUUCAUCAUCAAGACGAUCAUAUGGAAGAGUACCUACUGAUGUUUCUAGAUAUCAAGAUUGUAGAAUUCGAAAGUUGGUUAAUGUUAUAUAUCAUAUGAUUAUGCGAGAAGGCUCAAACAUACAAGAAUUUGUUGUGAUUGUAAAUUGGAAUAAUUUUAUUGACCUGCCAAAUUUUUCUACUUUUAGUUCUUUUAAACCCGGAAUUAUGAAUCUAAAAUCUUUGGAUAUAGAGGCUUAUUUGGACUUAAUAAAUGAUAGUACCAUAUAUAAGAAUACUAUCGAAUUUUUAAGCAAAGUGUCUAGACUUUGUAAUAGUAUUAUUAACUGUGAACUAUGUUUUUCAAGAUUAGACAAUGCAUUGACCAACACAUUUUUGGAUAUUAUCAAACUACAACCUUUAGAAAGGAUAUUAAUUGAUACUGAAAAUUAUAGUGUCAAUUUCCGACCUUUAGAAAGAAUAUUAAAUGAUAAUGAAAAUCAUAGUGAGAUGGAAAAUAUAGAAAAAAUUUUGUAUGCUUUGGAAUUUCGAUCAAAAACUUUAAAUGAACUAUCAUUCAGGAAUAUGGAUUUUCAAAUUAUUGGAUUAUCAUUCUUAUCAAAAUUGGAAAAGUUAGAACGACUUGAAUUUCUUGAAUGUAGAGGUUUUGUUUCAAAAAAUUAUGAUACUUUAUCUAAGAAAGGAUUUCACCUUAAAGAAUUAAAAUUAUGGCAUGAAGAAGAAUUUUUUUACAAUACAAGAGUUUUUAAUGGAUUUGGUUCAACAUUAAAGAUAAUGGAAGAAAUAAUUAAUUCUUUAUGUAAUGAAUCAUUGUAUAAAUUAUCAUUAAAUAUUAUUGCACCUGAAACAAUCAAAGCAGUAAAAGAAUCUUGCCCAAAUCUUAGCUUUUUACAUAUUAAAAUCUUUUCAGAACAAGAUUUAGAUUCAAU